UUCAGCCUCAUGCAGCUGUAAAACCAUGAGUCAUCCAUGUUUCUGACAUAAUCCUUUUUUAUACGACUUUGCUGUAGAUUAUGCAGGUUCCAAUGAGAAGCGGGAGACGGGAUCAUGUCACAGAGCUACCGGGUCAGGAACUUCUGAAGGCAAAAGGGGGAGUGAAGUGACAGAGGAGAAGUCCCACAGGGACAAAGGUAGGAGAGGGAACCUAAAAGGAAAGAGGAAAGGGUUAAAGGAGAAAUACGAGGUGAAGGACGAGUGUGACGAAGAUGCACCCAAACGUAGGAAGAACAAAGAUAAUAAAAAAACCAGGAUGCGAGAUGCCAAGAAUGAGGAAGGAGAAAAAUCCAAGAGGAAGACCAAGAUCAAAAAUGUGAAGGAAGGAAGUGAUGGAGAAUCUGAAGAAGGUAAAUGGGGACAUUCUAAAAGGAAAGAAAAGGCCAAAAAGAAGAAGGGAAAACAGGAGCUGGUGGAAGAAAGCUCAGAGUCUGAGAGUUUCUCUGAGGGAGGGGAGCUGCAAGAGAAGAAGGAGGGAUUCACACAGGAGGAGCUGGAGCAGCUCAAGGAAGCAGUGGAUGAAAGAAGAAAGCUGAUCAUCACCCUCAAAGGGAAACCCUGGCCCAUGAGGAAGAAACUCGUAACCCUGAGGGAGUCACAGGAAUUUCUGGAGAAGUAUGAAGGGGCCCUUGGCAAAGGGAAAGGAAAGAGAGUCUAUGCUUAUAAAGUCAUCAUAAAGAAGAAAUGGAUGAAGUUUCAGCGGGAUCUUGAGAACUUCAAAACUGCUUGUAUCCCCUGGGAAAUGAAAAUAAAAGAUAUUGAAAGCCACUUUGGAUCAUCAGUUGCCUCCUAUUUCAUAUUUUUACGAUGGAUGUAUGGGAUCAACUUGAUUUUAUUUGGUCUGACAUUUGGCCUGGUAAUGAUGCCAGAGGCUCUGAUGGGGAAGCCGUACGGCAGCAUGCCCAGAAAGACCGUCCCAAGAGGCGAGGAGGGCGGCGCCAUGGACUUCGCCGUCCUUUGGGAUUUCGGGGGCUACGCCCAAUACUCGGUGCUCUUCUAUGGAUACUACAAUAACCAGCGUGCCAUUGGCUGGCUGAAGUUCAGGAUGCCCCUUUCCUAUUUUUUGGUGGGAGUGGGGACAGUGGCAUACAGUUAUAUGGUGGUCAUAAGAACGAUGGCGCGAAAUGCCAACCGAGAUGGUGGAGGAGAUGACACCAGCUUCAACUUCAGUUGGAAGAUGUUCACCAGUUGGGAUUACCUCAUUGGCAACCCAGAAACAGCUGACAACAAGUUUGCAUCUAUCACCACAAACUUUAAGGAGUCUAUUGUUGAGGAGCAGGAGAGUCAGAAGGAUGACAACAUUCAUCUGACCCGUUUCCUCCGUGUUCUGGCAAACUUCCUCGUGCUCUGCUGUCUGGCAGGAAGUGGCUAUCUCAUCUACUUUGUGGUCAGAAGGUCCCAGAAGUUUGCUCUGGAUGGUCUGGAGAACCACAGCUGGUGGGAAAGAAAUGAAGUCAACAUGGUGAUGUCGCUACUUGGUAUGUUCUGCCCAAUGAUGUUUGACGUGAUUAGCUCCUUGGAGAACUACCACCCCCGCAUUGCCCUCCAGUGGCAACUGGGUCGGAUCUUUGCCCUUUUCCUGGGGAACCUCUACACCUUCAUCAUUGCACUCAUGGAUGAGAUCAACCGCAAACGAUCAGAGGAAGAUGCAGUGAAGAUGAAUAUGACCGCAUGGGAGGCCGGUCUGUACAAUGGUACUUCUGUUGGUAAUGCUUCAGCUCCUCUACCUGUGCAUCCAGCUGAUGUGCCCAGAGGACCCUGCUGGGAGACCAUGGUGGGCCAGGAAUUUGUUCGACUCAUAGUGUCGGACACCAUGACCACGUAUAUCACUCUGCUGAUUGGUGAUUUCCUGCGCGCCCUGUUUGUUAGAUUCUUUAACUACUGCUGGUGCUGGGACCUGGAGUAUGGCUUUCCAUCAUACUCUGAAUUUGAUGUGAGUGGAAAUGUCCUGGGCUUGAUAUUCAAUCAGGGAAUGAUAUGGAUGGGUGCGUUCUAUGCCCCCUGCCUGCCGGCGCUCAACGUGCUGCGUCUCCACGUCUCCAUGUACCUGCAGUGCUGGGCCGUCAUGUGCUGCAACGUCCCCCAGGAACGAGUCUUCAAGGCCUCUGGCUCCAACAACUUCUACAUGGCCAUGCUUCUGGUCAUCCUCUUCCUGUCCACCCUGCCGGCCAUAUACACCAUCGUCACCAUCCCUCCUUCCUUUGAUUGUGGGCCUUUCAGUGGUAAGAACCGCAUGUUCGAUGUGAUUCAGGAAACCCUGGAGACCGAUUUCCCUGCCUGGUUCGGAAAGGCGUUCAGCUAUGCCUCCAAUCCAGGGCUCGUCCUCCCAUUCAUACUGGUCAUGGUUUUAGCCAUCUAUUAUUUGCAGUCUACGUCCAAAACGUAUAAGGCUGCCAACCUAGACUUAAAGAAGAAACUGCAAACUCAAAAUGAGGAGAAUAAGAAGAAGAACAAGAAAGCAGCUCUGAAGGCAGCAGCCGAGCUAGAGGAGGCGAAAAAUGUUGCCACCUGCAGGCAGGAGAAUGACUGCGCUGAGUCUGGCCAGGACAGAGGCAUCGCCACUUCUGGGCAGGACAGAGAUGCCCAGUCACAACAGCUCAGCCGGGGGGAAAGCAGGGAAGGCAAGAGGGAAAGCAGAAGGACCUACCAGCAUCCCAAUAGCCAGUUCUACUCGCUACAUGGCAGAGAUAUCCGACAGUCCAGACUCGCACCCCCUGGUGGAUUGGUGACCAGGCCCCUGACACCUCGGGGCACAGAAAUGGGCGGGUAUUUACCAGGCAACCCACGACCGCCAGGACCAGGGUCCCAGAGGAGCCUUAACUUUCACUAAGAAAGACUCAGUCACUGAUGGAGACGGACAUGCUGCCCAGCGCAUGCUAGGUGCCUGUUGUUCCCAGGCUUCUAUUCCUUCACGUUAAAUUUUAAAGGUUAGGAUGUAUAAUUCAGGCAUUCAUUUUGGGCAUUAUAUUUGACCUUUUAGAGGUAACACAUGCUUGUUUAAAUUAGUAAAUUAAUUGCCUUCUAUGAAGGUUUUCUUCUACACAAAAUUAAGGCAAUAUUGAGGCUUUACAAAGAAUUUUAAACCAUCUGUUGAAGAUACGAGCUGCCUUUAAGAAGUAAAUUAGAAGCAUCUGGUUGUUAUUAAAUGAUUGUACUACAAAUAGGUAGAAUGACCCAGCCAAGCUGUGAGGACUUUAAGAGGAGGUGCUAUUAUUAGGAUGGGGCAUUGACUUCUAUUGUCCUUUACUUGAUAGAUGUUAAAGAUCAGAGUUGGGUAAUUGAGGU